ACCCUGUGUCAGUGGAGGCAACAUGGCGGCGGUAGAUGUCAUUGUGGAUAACUUGGUGGCACUGUGGAGGAUACAGACCGUCCGACGAUACUUCCCGUGGGUCUUCUUGCUCAUCUCGGUAGUGGGUUCUGCUCUGAAGUAUCUGGAGCUGGUUCCGCAGACGUAUUUCAGCAGCAGCAGAAACGCCCUGAAUGUGUAUUUUGUCAAAGUGUCCUGGGGGUGGACGCUGCUGCUGCUGACGCCCUUCCUCCUCCUGUCCAACUCCUCCUUCAGCCGGAGUGUGUCCUUCCUGGGCCGGCGGCUGCUCUCGCUGGUGGUGGCAACAGCCAUCUGGUACGUGUGCACGGAGACGUUCUUCUACAUUGAGGACAUGACCGGGUCCUGUUAUGAAACUGGCACCAUGGAUGUGAAGGAGUUCACAUCCAAAUUCACCUGCAGGCGUGCUGGCUUCCACUGGGACGGCUAUGACAUCUCGGGACACUCUUUUAUCCUGUCCUACUCUGCUCUUUUCAUCAUGGAGGAAAUAGCUCCUAUGGCAUCCAUGAAGACAGCCAGCAUGUCUACACUGCCCAAAAUGGUUCUGAACCUGCUGUACGUGGCCUUGAAUCUCAUCAUUAUCAUAUGGUUGUGGAUGUUUACCUGUACCUCGGUCUACUUCCAUGAUCAGUCUCAAAAGUGGCUAGGGACCAUAUCCGGCCUGUUGCCAUGGUAUCUCACAUAUCGGGUUUGGUAUCUCAAACCUUUUUCACCAGGACUCCCACCUCAGCUUCACCCAAAACAAGAGAAACAGCAUUUCUAAACUCCAGUCAUACUGUCCAGCAUGACAUUGUUUCUAGCAUUGCAGCCAUACUCAAAACACCACACUACACUUGAUGUUAUCUGUCUCCAGGUGUAAGCUCGUCGCACUAUUUUAAGUUAUUCCCUCUCUGCAGAAAGGUCAUUUUAUACAGGAGGACUGACUUGCACUUCCUCCGUGGUGUUUGGCAGCUGCUGUUCCUAAAAUGACUCAUGGUAAUCUGAGAUAAAAGCAAGGCGCUCUUGUUUUGUCCAGCUUCAGUGUCUCACCUUCAGCUUCUGUGGCUCUUACACUUGGCUGUUGUUUGUCUGCCACUUUGUUGCCUUAUAAUGCUUUUCUCAUGGAUAAAUAAUCACAGUUUUAACAUGUUGUUGGUGGGAACAGUACAGAAUGUUUACAGCUCCAAACGUACAGCACUGAAUGUGUAUUUUUGCAGACCAAUGUUGAUGUUAAUGGUUUAUAUUGGAAACUACCUUCAGAACAAAGUUGGAUCAGACACCGUGAGAACAGUGAGAGCAUGUUUCAUCCACAGCAAGGGUUUUAAUGGAUUGUCCCUUUUGUUUUCUUUCUUUUUUUUUUAAAUCACAUGGUUUGUAAAAAAUUGUUCUGAGGAUGUAAAAGAUAAACCGCAACUAUUUCAAUACUUAACUUCUCAUAUGUACACUGUUGAUGUAGGAAAGCCCUGCUGGUUCAAAUAUUAUGCAAAUAUUUUACAGGAUUAAUGAUUUGUUCUGAGCUGAAAGCUGAGAAUAUUUCACUUUGGUCAUUGGGCAAAAACAACCUUAAAAAAUGAUUAGGAAUCUGUCAUAAUGUUUGCUUUAACUUAAUUUCAUUAACAAGUGAUUUGAAGGAAACCUAAGACAAUCUAAUUCCUCAGUGCCAUGGGUCCUACAUGGUUUUCUGAAAUCUAAUAAAUGAGCAUUUGCUCCUUUGCAAUCUGUUAUGCAUCAUCUGACUGCCACAAAAAAAACUGAAAUAUAAGUAAUUAUUGCCAAAAACUACACUUGAAAGUACAUAUUUGAACUGUCAGUUUGAGAACCACAGACAGUAACCGGUUGGUGUUUUGUUUUUUAUUUGUUGACAUCUCAUAAAGUAAUACAAACCUAAUUUUGUUGAUUGUAAACUUAUAUGCAAAUAAAUAUCAGUAUUUAUAAGAAUAUUAAAAAUUCAAUAAGCAAAUAAUUUUCUCGUGAUGACAAUGGUUAAUGGUUUAUGGCUUAGCAGCAAAAGUAAAAUAGAACUCAGAAUCUGCAUAUUCCAUUUUUCAUUUAUUUGUCAUUGAUGGCAACUGAAUAAAUUAAGGCGUAUGAACAAACAUCGUAAAAAGCACCAUAAAUAAAUGCAUAUAUGGAAAUAUAAAAAAUAACAAAUAAAAAAAUACUAUAGUGAAGUAUAAUGGCCACAAUUCACAACUAGGAUUCUCGACUUGAACUCUGUGUGUGUGAUCUAAGAGGUACAGAUCCAAUCCACCAUGGAGCAUGAUAUCAGUCAGGGGGAGCAAUGGAAUUAUUACUUGCAAUAAUCCAAAUGUACCAAGCUUUCACAAUGUUAAGAUGCUUGAUGAUGUUUUCCCACUUCAGGGUCAUCCAAUGUUUGAUAGUCAACAGAAUAAGUCAAUGUUUUAGUGUCAGAUAGUCAACAUAAAUGAAAACAGAUAUUUGAUUAAAUCACAUUUGAAAAUUGUACUUUA